UCGGGCACACCAUCAGUUUGUGCUCAUUCAUCCGCUGAAAUCAAAACAGCGGGGUCCUCGUCGUACUCUCGGCAGGCAAGCUUGAGACAACCUUGGCAACCCAUUCGCUUGGCUCACCGUGAUCACAGUCGCCGGCCAAGUUUGCGGGGUAACUAAAGCUAGAAUCAGUUACGAUGGCCGCCAUUCAAGGGACAGGAACGAUACACGAAAUCGAGUGUUUGGAUGAUUUUAAGAACUACAGGGAUCAUAGUGGUGACGUCUUGGUGGUGGUGGACUUCUAUGCUGACUGGUGUGGGCCUUGUAAGGCCAUCAGUCCCGCCUUUAAGGAACUUGCCAAGGAACACAGAGACGUGUGCUUCAUCCAAGUCAGUGUUGAUGAUCAAGAAGACGUGGCUGCAGAGUGUAGUGUGGAGUGCAUGCCAACUUUCCACUUCUAUAAGAAGGGAAAGCUACUGAAGUCCUUCUCUGGUGCCAACAAGGACACGCUGAUAUCUGCAGUGAAAGAAUUCAAGAAGAAGGACGUGAAGUAGACAGGCUCGUUUUGCGGGCUCUCUGAUAAUGUGCAGUAGCGCCAAGUCUUGGGCGGUUUGUAUCAUUUCUGUGGUCAAUUCCAAUCUGUGUCCAUUCUGGUAUUAAGUUGGUAAUAGAAAUGCAGUCCGUCUCAAAUGUCUUUCCCUUGUCUGUAGUUUUCAAAGACGAAAUUUUCACAGAGAGGUGUUAAUACUGAAACGUGUUACUAAUUUUGCAAUGAGAAAAAAAAAGAGUAUUGAUAAAACGACAUCUGAAAUUUGUCACUUUAAAAACAGAAUUCAUAGAGAAUAAUUUCAAGAGCUGAUUAAGUAGGUGUACCCUGUAUGAACGUAAAACUGCCAUACAAUAGGAGAAAUAGUGCCGGUAUUUGUGGCCAGUUUAUGUCUUCCCGGAAAAAUGACUGACAUGAUUUUAUCUUCAGCAUCAGGAGAGCAAUUUCUUGGUAGAAUUUUCUGAUGUUUGACCUCCUUGUCAAUGUUGGCCCACCUGUGAAAAUUUUGUUAGAAUUGACCGCUGGAGACCGACAGUACAUGUAGAACUAGAGAAAAGAGCCCCCAUCGCCAAAUCUAGGCUAAGAAUCGACUGUUCUUGAUUCUUGAGUCAGAUUGCCCAAGCCUGUUCAGCGAAUUUUCCGUCAAAGAGAAAUAAAUGAUAUAUUGAAAACUCAGUUUGUAGACCAAUCACAGUUCUCUGCCCCUGCGGACAAAAUAUUGUUUUGAAAAGUACUCGAGGCAAGAUUGCAACAUUUACAUUUUGCGGGAUGGUACCGACUUAGUCUUAUUUUGCCAUACUUUUUACUCGUGUAGAUGGUUCCUAUGCUUGUUUGCUUCAAAUUGUACACAUACAUGUGCACUGAGCUUCAGACCUGGUUCGAUAAUGUAGGCAAAGGGGAUCUUUACGUGUACAUGUUGGAAUUGGUAUUUUUUUGGGUGAGGCAAAGGACGUGCGCCAUGUCUCGAGAGAACAAUUUGUUAUUUGCUACAGUGUAGCAAUGAACUCCCUUAGGGCAGGCACACUAUGAGAUCGCACCCAAGUUUACGCCACGUUACAUGCUCCAUGUAUUUUUUGUGCUUGCUGUCAUGCACUGUAGGAAAAAAGGUGCACUUCAUUCCCUCUGUAGACACUCUUUCAAUCCAACUUCUCAAUCGUGAUGUUCCUCAGCAUUUUGCAAGACAUGACACCCUCACAUCCAUAACGCCUUCACAAAACCUGUUUUUAGAAUGGGGGGAAACCUCGUCUGGACCUGUGGAAGUCUAGAGGAGGUCCCCACUAUGGAUGUAUACCUGCACUGUGAAGACUUCUGUUGUUCUCAUGUCCACACAAGGAAUAACAUGCCCUGCCACAACUUAUUUCCAAUUUAUAUACUUCCAAACUUGGUAGUCUUUGUCCGAGUGCUAUUUUAUUUUGGCCGUGGCUGUUCACAAGUAGCAGGAAAAGAAACCAUAAGUCCUUGUGCUCAUUCUGAUGAAAACCUUCUGGUGUGCACAGUCCAUUACUGCCCAGAAAAAAGUUGUAUGGACCCCUCAAUCUCACAAUAUCUAGAACUCUGCCUCACGUCACUCUACUAAGAGUGAAAAAGUUGGAUUACGAAGCCUUUGUGCUCAUUCUCAUGAAAAAAAUGUACUGUUCUUUUGCACAGUAAAGUAUCAGUGGGACAAUUGUCUGUUCAGCAUGUGAGCAUGCCCUUAAAAAAAAGAGUCUCCCUGACCAACAUGUGAUUACUUUAUGGACAUGUAACAUAGAAGUGGAAAUUCGCGUUAUGAACACAUUUAUUCACUGCUUGGUGCUGCUGACAAUGGACAGCCAUGUUUGCAUUACGGGUCAUGAAAGAUCGUUAGCCUUACCAAUUAUCAACCAAAUGUGACAUUUUCCCUCAAGUUAUUUGAGGUCACAGGAACUUUCUUCCUGAGUAUGCAUGCACUCAGCUUUUUAUGGAAUAAAUUCAGUGAGCUGUGUAGCCCAAAAUGCACAGAUCUUUUGGGAUCAAAUGUUUUUUUUCCACUGAAAAUGAAGAAUUCGCAUUUGGCCUUCUCUGUAGCUCUCAGUCACCAGACACUUUGUUUUGGGUAACCUGUCUAUAGGACAUGUUCGUGUAUUUAUAAGUUCACUUUAUGCUUUUGUGAAGACUAGUUCCUGAUGUCGGUAACAGGUGUAAAAUGUUGAGAACAGGUUGUGUAGUAGAAGAUUUUAUGUAUGAAACCAAAGUAGUGCAAAAUUUAUGUGCAUUGAAAAAGAAGAGAUUAUUAUUUACAGUACUUGAUUGUUUAGUUGUUUCAUAACUAAAAUCCACCUGGGCAAAAAGCAAUGUGUAUCAACUCAUGAACCCUGUUUCCUCUCAUCAAGUGUGGAGGAAUGCUUAUGCAGAUAAUUUAAUGCCAAUAAAUAAAUGCAAUUAUUAUUUAUUUGACUUUCAAUUGAUUAAAUUUCAUCCAAAUCUUAUGUAUGACUAUUAAAGUGGAAAAAACUUACUUACGUACUUCAAAUGGUGCACCAAUGUUCACGCCUGACCACCUUAAAUGAAAGUGCCCAAACUUUCCUUUGAAUCAGGGAAUUAUUUUUGCCUGCCGAUUUCUCAAUUUAAAAAAGAAAGUAUAUACAUUAUAUUUAUUGGAUAAUGAAUCUAACUGUAUAUAAUUGCAGGGUCGCUGUGAUGAUUUUAUUCGCAGACACACUUUUUUUGCAUCUUUAUACUCUUCCUCAACCUCAACAACUAGUUGGCAUCCCUUUGGGUUGAAGUGGAUGUAAAAUUACACUUUUUAAACAGUUCAUGUUGUCUCAUAUUUGCUGGAUAACUGGGGGCGCUGUUGCUGUGAUGUCAGUCAAGGAAGACACCUCCGAUCUCAAUUUGUACCUUUCUGUUUUAAUUGUGAACCGAAACUGUAUUCAUUGAAAAUAUUGCUGAGAGAGGUUUGUCCGUUGGCUUAUUGCUGAGCACUUACGCGACUUUAAAUCACUAAAGACAACGAAUUCUAGGGCAGAAAAAGUUUCUAAAAUUCCAGCACAAAUGAAUGCAGGGUCGAGGUUUUACUUCCCAGGAUGACGUCAUAGUUUCGCUCGUGAAUACUGAAAUUUGUAUUAGCUUAAACACCAAAGAGACACCGAAAUACCUUGUAAAAUAGCGAAACCCCUCAAAACGUUAACAAGGUUAACUUGCGCACAAAGGUGCUCUAUCUUACAUUUCGUAAAAUAACUGCAUUGCAUAGAGACUUAUGGAAGUGCCCAACUAAUGCAACUCCUUACGAAAUUGUUCAGAAUAUUUAAGUUUAUUUGUGAUUCUCUUGAAAUGAGUGCAAUUUCUCAAUGCAGUAUUUGUACUUGAGCAUUUGUUAAGUGUCGGUACCAAAGUCUAGUGAAUUGUUAAUUUCUCGUUUUUAGUAUGGAUGUGUUAUAAUAAAUUAAUCUGUUGUCAAAUAGGUUAUCAGGUUUAGUCCUGAGAGCA